ACUGUUUCAACAAAACUAUAUGUGGGUCGCGUGUGGAAUACGCUAACUGAACAGGAUAUUUUCGAUGCUUUAGAUGCUGAAGCAAAGAAGGUCUCCCCUUUAGCCAAGGUGGAGCGAGUUUUCAUCCCAAAACCUCAUCGUGGUUUCGCAUUUGUGACUGUCAACGACCCGAACGUAACCAAACGGUUCUGUCAAAUCCGUGAUUUUCUGAUUCGCGGCAAAAGUGUUUGCGUCAGUCUUCCAACACCGAAGAGCAAUACACAAAUCCUAACUUCGCCACAGCAGCACCACCAGCAGCAACAGCAACAACAGCAACAGCUACAGUUUCCCGGUAUAUAUCCGAGUCGAUUUCAAAUGCCGCAACAAGCUCCGUCGCAGACAUAUCCAGCGCAGACCAGCUACGUCUCAAACCAGUACCCACAACAGCAUCAGCAGCAGAACUGGAUGAGCCCACGGAGCAACCCAUCAUCAUAUCGGCAACAGCAGCAACCCGUCAGCUCUCAUAUGGCAUUUGCGCAACAGUGAAA